AUGAGGCAACUUGGAAUGAUAAUGUAUGAUGAUGAUACUAAUACUCGAUUGGGAUCUGCCUGUCUUCGAGGACUGGUAUUCACGGAUGGGAUUAAUUUUGAAGAUGGAAAGAUCCUGAACUUAAGUACAGCAAUGCUGCAAUCAGCAGGAACCGUUGCUGAUGCGCGCAAGUUUAUAGACAAAAACACGACGCGAACUAAUCAAAUCACCCUAACUUUGACCCUGUUGGUACCCUUCAUGUAG